AUGGCAACUACUUCCGCUCCUUCGAAAAUCACAGACCUAGUGGCCACACAAUGGCCCUACGUGCUCAGCACGCUCCUAGCGUUUGCUGCGGCAUGGCUUCUCCAAGCAGCACUCAAGCGCGACCCCCUGUCUAGCCUACCUAUGGUUGGCAUCGAAUUUGGCAAUGCCGACAAAAGGCGGGCAGCUUUUGUACAAGGCGCCAAGAAUAUCUAUCUCGAAGGAUACCGAAAGUUCAGGAAAGGCGUGUUCAGAAUUACCACAUCAAGCUUUCACGACGUCGUUGUGCUCGAUCCCUCGUUCUUGAGCGAACUCAAGAACCUUCCUGACGACACUGUUUCCUUCGGCGAGGCCGUCAGUGACUUCAUGCAAUCAAAGUACACCGGCAUCCGAGCUGACCGACCCAUCAUCCCCCAUAUCGUCAAGAAGGACUUGAUUCCGGCCCUGAAUCGCCUGAAUCCUGUCAUAGCUGAAGAGGUCGACCAGUCGUAUCGGGAGGAAUUGCCGCCUUGCAAGGAUUUCACGCCAGUCAACAUCUACUCAAAGCUUCUUCGAAUUGUUGCCAAAGUUUCGGGGCGCAUCUUCAUCGGGCCUGAACUCUGCCGAUCUGAGAAAUAUAUCGACACUGCUAUCAAAUAUACGAUUGAAGUCGUUGGUGCCGUGCAAGCUAUCACCGAGAUGGGCUUCUGGCAUCGCACUUUGAACGCAGGUGCCCACCCCGCAGUCAAGACAGUUCGUGCAAGGGAGAAGGCUGCGGAUGCUUUCCUGAGGCCUAUCGUCGAGGGAAGAAAGAAGGCACAGAAAGUGGAUCCCGACUUCCAGAAGCCUGAUGACCUCUUGCAGUGGCUGCUGGACGAUGGACAGGACAAGUUCGGCGAGAAGGGUAGCAAGGAGCUUGCCUCUAUUCAGCUGGGCCUGACCUUUGCCGCUAUCCACACGACUUCGAUGACCGCCACGAAUGCCUUCUAUACCCUUGCUGCGAUGCCUGAGAUCAUGCCGGAACUACGUGAGGAAAUCCGCGCUGUGUUGAAGGAACACGGCACAUUCACCACUCAGGCCCUACAAAAGAUGAAGAAACUCGACAGCUUCCUGAGGGAGGUGAUGCGGAUGCACCCACUCGGAUUUUCAUCCUUCCAACGCAAGGUCCUCAAGACGUUCACCCUCUCGAACGGGCAGGUCAUUCCUGCCGGUUGUCUUAUCGAGGUGCCUAUUAUCGGCAUUAACUUUGAUGAUGAAGUGGUCGAUGAUCCGGAGAAAUUCGACGCGUUCCGCUCUUAUCGUGCACGGGAAAUGGAAGGACUGGCGGGCACAGAAAAGGCCAACGCCGGCGCGACCAACCAAUUUGUCACCGUGAGCCCGACGAAUUUGCUGUUUGGUUAUGGCCGGCACGCUUGCCCUGGAAGAUUCUUUGCUGCGAACGAAAUCAAGAUGAUCGUGUCUAGGGCAGUACUGGACUACGACAUGGAGAUGGCCAACGGCUCCACGGAGCGGUACCCAAACCUCACUUUCGGCGGUCAAAGUACCCCAGACCCGUCUAGAGAGAUUCUGUUCAAGAGAGUUGCUAUCUAG